CACACACACACACACCUGCAUGCAUGUCUCCUCUCCCAGUUCAGUAGAGAUGUCUCUCCUGUACACCACAGCGCUGUUGAUCCUCACAGUUGUGUUUCCCACAGACACACACACUACAUUGGAGCUGGCUGGUGUGGUGAAGUGCAGUACAGGACGCUCAGCACUUGCUUACAUCAUGUACGGGUGUUACUGUGGAGUAGGAGGGGAGGGGUGGCCCCGGGACCCCGCAGACUGGUGUUGUCACAAGCAUGACUGCUGCUACGCAAAGGCUGAGGAUCGAGGCUGUUACACAAAGACACACGUGUAUCCAUGGAGCUGUGACAGUCAGCCGCUCGACUGCGGCUCCCUGACAGACCGCUGUGAGAAGAUGUUGUGUGUGUGUGACCGAGAAGCAGCACAGUGUCUGAAGAACGCUCCAUAUAACCUCAAAUACGUGGCGUGGCCCGACUUCCUGUGUGGACCCGAGCUACCGACGUGUGCUUACUACUGACACACACACACACACACACACACACACACACACACACGCUCUAAUACUGAUGUAGAUGAAUAAUACUACGCCAUAUUAACAUUAGUUAUUAUAACAUGUCCUCUGUGAUUAACAGACUGAACUCGUUUGUUUUCAUCCUGUCAAUAAA